AUGGCGGAGGAUCACGGGAGUGAACUCGUCCCCGAGGAGAAGGUGGAGCCGGGGCCUGAGCCCCAGGAAGAAGAGGAGGAAGAGGAGGAAGAUGAUGAGGACUUUGCUGAGGAUGAUGACCUGACCUACACCGAUGACCUGCGUGAUGAGAACUACCACCCGUCCCUGGACAGUGACUCGGAGCCGCAGCAACGACCAAGCCAGAGCAAAGCCCGUAAGACCCCCAUAAAGGAGGAGCAGCCCCCAGAUGAGCUGAGCCUGAGCAGCUCCAGCCCCUCGGAGGAGAAGAGUGGACGAGUGAGCUGCAAGAGGCGAGCGCGGGCGAGCGCCGAGGACGUGGCGCAGAUCGGCCCCAAGAGGAUCCGGAAGGCCGCCAAGCGCGAGAUCCUCCUCUGUGACUUCGAGGGAUGCGGCAAGAUCUUCUCCAACCGCCAGUACCUGAACCACCACAAGAAGUACCAGCACGUCCACCAGAAGACCUUCACGUGCUCGGAGCCGAGCUGCGGCAAGUCCUUCAACUUCAAGAAGCACCUCAAGGAGCACGAGAAGCUGCACAGCGACAAGAGGGACUAUAUCUGCGAGUUCUGUGCCCGCUCCUUCCGCACCAGCAGCAACUUGAUCAUCCACAGGCGCAUCCACACAGGGGAGAAGCCGCUGCAGUGUGAGAUCUGCGGCUUCACGUGCCGCCAGAAGGCCUCCCUCAACUGGCACAUGAAGAAGCACGACGCCGACGCCUCCUACCAGUUCUCCUGCGACAUCUGCGGCAAGAGGUUCGAGAAGAAGGACAACGUCACAGCCCACAAGAGCAAGAGCCACCCCGAG